AUGGAAGGCUACUCUAUAUUUUCUUCUUCUACAAACUCAUCAAAUUCUUCACCAACUAAUAAUAGUAACUUUCCUUUUUCAUUAAGCCAAGUUUCUAGUUCUUCCAAUAAUAGCUUUGAUCAUGCUAUAGAUCAAUAUAAUCACGAUCAUCACGGUGUAGGGAGCCAAUCUGGACCGUUGAUCACGGAGUUAAUGAUGAUGGGUGAGCCGCCGCAGCAGUUUCCAUCAUCCAUGGUUGUUCAAUCUCAAUUACUAGAUAAUUAUCAUGAUAUUAUUAUUCCUCAAAAUCAUCAAGAUACUAACAAUGAUGGUGAUCAAAUUAAGAGGUUUAAUAAUAUGACUAAUGAUAAUAAUAAUAAGUUAAUUAAUAAUAAUAAUGAUAAUAAUAAUAAAAAAAAGGGUUCGUCGGAAAAGAAGGCAAAGAAGCAUAGGUAUGCUUUUCAAACAAGAAGCCAAGUUGAUAUACUUGAUGAUGGCUAUAGAUGGCGAAAAUAUGGUCAAAAGGCCGUCAAGAAUAACAAGUUUCCAAGGAGCUACUACAGGUGUACGUAUCAAGGAUGCAAUGUGAAGAAACAAGUUCAACGCCUUUCCAACGAUGAAGGAGUAGUUGUCACUACUUAUGAAGGAAUUCAUUCUCACUCUAUUGAAAGAUCAACAGAUAAUUUUGAGCAUAUUUUGACUCAAAUGCAAAUUUACACUUCCUUUUAAAUUACUUGGUUUUUUUUUUAUUAAUAUCUUCAAACCAAAAAAAAAAAAAAAAAAAAAAGGUGAUGAGUUUUAGAUCGAGGGGAAAAAGGAGGGGAAAAACCUAAUGUUACUUGUUUUUUUUUUAAUACUUCGUAAUAAUAUACUAUGUAUGUAAAUUGUACAAGCUAAGCUAAGCUAAGCUAAGCAAAGCAUGCAUGCCUUGGAUUUUUUUAUUUAUAAACAAUUACAAGUAUUUUUACA